GAUCCGGCGCGGCGGUUUGAGUUACAACGGCGGGAAGAAACCGCCGAAGGGAGCUCGCGUAAAAAGAUGCCAAAGAGAAAAUCAAGGAGGGACUUCCAAAAGAAACUGGGAGAACCAGAUGUGUCAAGUAUUUUGAAAGUUAUCCAAACUGACCAAGCAGAGGAACCUGAUGAAUUAUUUGUUUAUCUAGGUGAACCCUCACAGGAACCUUUACACAGCACCGCUGUGUCUGCUUAUGAGGAAGAAGAUCAGUAUUCAGAUGGGUCAAUGAGCAGUUCAUCAGAUUCUGAGCCAAAAAAGAAAGCUACUAGAGGAAGCAAACACCAGCAUAUCUUGAAAUCAAGUUCAGAGAGAGAAGAUUCUGAAGAGGAACCUGUGCAAGAGAAUAUGAGAGCCACAGAGUCUACAUCCAGCACAGAGGACUAUAGAUUAACACCUCCGCUGCCAGUAAGAUGCAGCUCUUCAGAAUGCAGAAUAUCAGAUAACAUUCCAGAUCCUGUGGAGGACUUGAGUACUGAUAAGAUGCCUAUUAUGAGUGCUGAAUGCCACAAGAAGCAGAAAGAGGCUUGUUCACCAGAGAUUGAGACAGAUUACUCAGAUUCAGAUGCUGAGCCAGAUUUGAUAAAAGUUUGGGGUUCCAAAAACAUGAAAAAGGUUGCCAGCCGUGUCAGAGAAACUGAUGUUAUUCUGGAUGCAUUUGAGAAAAUAACAGCAAAAUACAAACAAGGAGUGGAGCUGAAAAUAUGUAGGAAAGCUAUUGAUAGCUUUUCUGUUGCGUUCAGAGAGCAAUUCACUGAUAAUGUUGCAGGUGCUGAGGAACUUAGAACAACAAAAUUGAAAAAUGCAAAGAUGGUGAGAGCAACAAAUAAGAAAAGGGAGCGUUUGAUAGAAGUCAAAGGAGAACUACUGAAAACUGAAUCACAGCUAAAGAAACUGGAAAGAGAAUAUGCUGAACUAAAAGGAGAACUAUCCACUCUCAGGAAUGCAGUUCAGUUGGUGACUGAUUUAAAGGAUCUUAAACAAAAAUAUGUCAAUGUCAGAAAGGAAAACCCACAAGAAAAAACAGUAGUAAGUGUGUUUAAUAGUUUGAUGCCAUAUGCAGUAUUUCAUUACUUAGGUAGAGCAAUCCUAAUUGCUGCUGCUGCUGUUUUGGGCAGCUGGGUGUGUGGGAGAAUCCAUGGCAAAGAAACCACCCAACCCCUGUUGUGCUCAUUCUGAA